AUGGGUCCUCGCAAACCUGCCGAUGAUGAAUACAUUGACGUAGACGAUUCAUACGAUGCCAAUCAGGACGAAGAUACCGGAAAGGCAGGCUACUCUUGGGAAGAAGAGUACAAACGAAGUUGGGAUGUCCUCCAAGAGGAUUCAGAGGGACGAUUAAGUAGUGCAGUAGCCCAUUUACAACAGCAGAGAAAACGAAGGAGACUUCUUAAAGAUACAGCAAUUAUACAACGUGGAAUUAUUCGACAUUUGUUUUUAAUUAUCGAUCUGUCAGAAGCAAUGAACGAAAAGGAUCUUCGUCCUAGCCGAGUAGAACUUACCCUCAAUUACGCCCAGCAGUUUGUGAUUGAAUACUUUGAUCAGAAUCCAAUCUCACAACUCGGCAUUAUUGUUACGCGUGAUGGGAUCGCAGAAAAAUUGACCGAGUUGAGCGGAAAUCCUACAGACCACAUCAAAGCUCUCAAAACCAAAAAGAACACCGAGACAAGCGGUGAGCCUUCGCUCCAGAAUGCGCUACAGCUCGCCAGGGCCGGCAUGAUGGGUGUACCUACGCAUGGAUCCAAAGAAAUCCUUUUGAUCUUUGGAGCCUUGACGACGUGUGACCCCAACGAUGUCCAUGAUACGAUCGAUCUGUUGCAGAAAGAAAUGGUGCGUGUCAAUGUGGUUGGACUUGCAGCAGAAGUUCAAAUUUGCCGAGCUCUUAGCAAGGCAACCAAGGGCUCUUAUGGUGUAAUUCUAAACGAGGCCCACUAUAAGGAUUUACUAUUCGAGGCAGUUCCUCCACCAGCAGUGGCACCAAAUAAGAACACAUCUAAUCUUGUUACAAUGGGAUUCCCACGCCGGCAGACUGAAGAACAUGCGACAUUCUGUGUCUGUCACUCAAAGUUGACUACAGGAGGCUACAUAUGUCCAAGAUGCCGGUCCAAGGUGUGCGACAUACCUAGUGAUUGUGAUGUGUGUGGGUUGACGCUGGUAUCGUCUCCUCAUCUGGCUCGAUCUUAUCACCAUUUGUUCCCGGUGGACAACUUUGAUGAAAUUAGGAACAGUACCCGUAGCUCCAAUUGUUUCUCUUGUAUAAUCCCGUUAGACAAAACAGAAGGAAAUUCUCAGGUUCACUUCCAAUGUCCAAAGUGUAAACAGGCUUUUUGUGUUGAUUGUGACAUAUUUAUCCAUGAAGUCUUGCACAACUGUCCUGGUUGUUGGAGUACAAAUUCGCAAAAGAAGACACCUUUGUAA